GAAACAGCAUUUGGUUUAUUAAAAGUGCUUUUUAUUAAUCUCUUAAUUAUAGUAACCAAAGUAAAUCAACAUAAAAAUGGAGAAUUUAUUAAACACACAGUUUGUAAAACUGAAAGAAGCUAUGAACAAUCUCUAUAAGUUAAAGAGCAGUGAACAUGCUUUGGAGUCGCAACACUCUACAAGUGUAUUAAUGUUUGUGGCUCUUAAGCAUUCGAAUCGGAAGGUCAAGCGAAACAUUAAGUCUGGGCGAGAUGAAUUGCAUUUGCAAAAAUCAAAAGUCGACCUAAGUAGAUUGCAAUUGCAAAAUCUUCUGUAUGAAGUUAGCCAUUUGAAAAAGGAAAUCGUCCGAUGUCAGAAAUUUAAAAGUCGCGAUACCUAUUUAGAACUAUUGUCUGAUAAAGAAUAUUCCAGCAAGCUUUCUGCUGAUUAUAGUGAAAAGGCGAAUUUGUCAGAUCACAAAAGCCAUUUAUAUCGUCUGGAAUGCGAACUACGAUUGCGUAAAGAACUUGAUAAUCAGUACAGUGCUUUGCUCUCUUCAAAGCAGGAGUUGUUGCAGGAAAAUCUUAAGCAGACACAAAAAUAUCUUUCGUUCGCUCCGGCUUUACGCACUCUACUAGAAUCGACUAAACCAUUACAUGAUGCGCUCCAGCUGUCCCUUGAUGUUGAAUGGAAAUUAAGCUCAAUAUAUAAAUACCUGCCACGGCCUUUGUAUAUAUUAUUUAUAAACCUGCAAGCCCUGCAACGUGACAAGAAAGACUUUGCAUCCGAAGUAAUUGGUUUUGAGAGCGAUGCACAAAUGCAGGAGUUGCUUUCGGAAUCGGAAAAUAUUCUAAAGGAACGUCGACAUUUUAUGGAGAAAAAGAGUACAUGUGAAGCGACGCCUGAGAGCACAAUAGAAAGUCUCUUGAAACCCCAUCCACUUCAUAUAAAACUCGUUAUAGAAAGCCCUGAUAAAUGUUAUGAGUUGGUGUUAAUAAUCAGGUAUUGGGAAUUGCUUAAAUGUGUCACAGUGUAUCCACAAUUCAACAGCACGAAUAACACCAAUUUUCAAGGAGACAUUAAUUUGGUUGAGGAUCUUCUGGGACAUUUAUAUCCCGAUGAUUCGGGAAAAGAUAUUCCUAUUCCAGGCAUCGAAUAUGAGUUGCAAAGCUUAAAUUUGACCACGGAAGAGUGCCUGGAAUACUUUGUUAAAAAUAGAUUUGGAAAACCAUAUUGCUGGUUGCAAAGCAUGUGUUCAAUAGCGACAGUCAAUAAUAAGAAGAUUUUUAAACACGAAUUCAAUUUGCAUAAGUUGAUUCGUAAAGUAUUCAUUCAAAUCUUAAAACGUUGGCGAUCUUGGCUGCGAUUAACCCAGCAAAUUCGAGGCUUGACCUAUAAAGAUGUCGAUAUGUCCGCAGCAAAGGAAAAUAUUUAUCCAGCCGGCUUAACGGGUAGUCUUGUCCAGUGGACUGCAAUUUCUAGUGAAGAAUUCAACAUUCAAAAUUCAGGAUUAAUUAACAACUUGUCGCCUUCUAAUGGAAUCACGUACACCUCCUAUAGGGCUGUAAUCGUGCGUGGAUCUGCCAAAAUGGAAUGCUUUAUUCGAAUACCCAGCAACUACCCAUUGGAUAUCCCACUCUGGACAUUAAGCGUGCAUUGGAAUGGUCGGCACACUUCAGUUAACAAUGCAGCUAUAAAGAUGAUGGAAUUCUGGACUAACUCGCUGCAGCCCAAGCAUUUAGAGAGCGGCAACCGACUGCUCUACUCGCAACUGUUUCGUACCAUUUAUAGCUUCGACAUUUUUCUCGAAACAGAAGGAGCAGUGCAAGCUGUCAGGGAAUACAAUAAAGAAAAGCCGUAUAUUAGCGCAUACACGAAACGGAUUCGUUUGCGCCCGUACAAGUACAUUAUGAAGGGAUCUGUAUAUACAUUUAAACAAUAAAUAGAGUACAUCUUGUAAUGCAUAUGUAA